UUCUGCGAUAGCGCGACCCGGUUUCGCGCGGGACUGCGAACACGGCAGCCACCGGUCGCGGGUGUGGGCACUCCGACGACCGGGAAGACCGGUGAGGCCGUGCGGGUGUCCACUGCCCACGCCGAUCUCGGGCAUAGAAGAAGCAUUGGAGGGACCAGAGCGGAGGGCAGGUCGUCAUCCUCCUCGGCUGAUCACCUCGGACGCACCCCACGUGUUCGUGCAUAUGCUUGUGAAGUCUUCCUGAGUAAAGUACGAGCUUCGUCCUCAUUGAUUUGUAGAUUGUUCUCAGAAACACGGUCACCCUUGCGGCCUUGACGCAGCAGUCGGUGAACGCAUGCUUGCUGGUCGUUCUCUCAUGGAGGAUCCAGAACUCUACAGAUGAUCAAUGCCCCCUGCAACCCCAUCCUUUAGGUAUGUGCAAGGCACGAUUAGCAGCUUAUGGCUAUCCAUGUGAAGAAUAUCAGGUCACAACAGAAGAUGGCUAUAUUCUUAGCUUAAAGAGGAUCCCCCAUGGUCUUUCUAAUGCUGACAACUCGACUGAGGAUAGGACACCGGUACUUCUGUUCCAUGGGCUGAUGGUGGAUGGUUUCUGUUGGUUACUGAGUACACCAAAACAAUCACUUGGCUUCAUUUUGGCAGACGCUGGCUUUGAUGUUUGGAUUGCCAACUGUCGUGGAACAAAAUCCAGUCGGAAACAUACCUCCCUCACCCCAGAAGAUCCGGCUUUCUGGGACUUCUCAUGGGACGAACUUGCUGCUUAUGAUCUUCCUGCAGUACUUCAGUUUGUCUAUAAUCAAACAGGAGGCAAGAAAGUCCACUAUGUCGGUCACUCCCUGGGAACCUUGAUUAUUCUUGCAGCCUUUUCAGAGCACAAGUUAAUAGACAUAGUGAGAUCAGCUGUGUUGCUCUGCCCAAUUGCUUAUCUGCACAGGACGAAAUCCAGACUCAUACUGCUUGCGGCUCGUAUCUUCCUUGCAGAAACAAUUCACAUGCUGGGUUUUCAUGAGUUCAAUCCUGUUGGGCGAGUUGCACAAGAAGUUUUGGGCCAAGUCUGCACCGACCCUGAAGUUGACUGUUAUGAUUUAUUUGCAGCUGUAGCAGGACCGGACUGCUGCCUCAAUACUUCGACUACAUGCAUCUUCCUUCAGCAUGGUCCACAAUCAACCUCUGUGAAAAACAUGAUUCACAUGUCGCAAUUGGUCAGGAAAGCUGGGGUCAGAAGGUACGACUAUGGAAACGAGAAGGAGAACAUGAAGCACUACAAUCAGCCGGAGCCCCCGAUGUACAAUCUCUCGUCCAUUCCGACCCAUGUCCCCUUGUUCCUCACCCAUGGUGGCCAAGAUUUUCUCGGUGAUGUCCUCGACACCAGGCACCUCCUGCGGACGCUGGUCAGGGAGCACGACAGCGAUGACAUCGAGGUGCUGUACAUGCCUGACUACGCUCAUGGUGACUUUGUGAUGGGCUACAAUGCUCCACAACUCAUAUACAAGCCCAUAGUGGAAUUCUUCGAGCGUCACUGACACUGAAAACCUAUUCUACAGGUCACUUUUAUCAUAAGCUGUAGCCUGUAGCACACAUUCAAUAGUUUCACUGUUUCAGGUCAACUUUCAGUUUGUG